AUGGCAUCUAGCAAGGAUCCGUGCAGCGAGGAUCAAAGUCCAGCGGACCUGCCAAACGACACGAAGGUUUCGCCGCAGUUGAGCGAGAAGGCAGUUGCACCGAAAGAGCACUGCAACGCUUGCGGAGUUGUGCUCGGGAAGAGACACCUGAACCCGAAGCAUCAGUGCCGCCUCUGUGGAGCCACGGUUUGUGCCACCUGCUCUCCAAACAGUCUGAAAUUGGAGGAGGGCAGUGCUGCCCAGCGGGUGUGCAACCCCUGUGUUGAGAUUGUGCCGCAGCAGCCCGACCUUCUGAGACGUCUUGAUGCCUUAGCGCGAUACCUGGAGACUCACGUGGGAAGGCCCUCGGAGGGCGACUUCCUUGAAGCCUCUGCGAGCGUUGACGCGGCCUUGGGGCGCUGUGAGGGCCUCCAGCGGGCCCUCGGGGAGGAGAGGAU